CUGACCAAAGUUGGAGGUUUAUUCAUGAUUCAAUCGGCCCGCUCCUCUAUUCAUCCACAUCCACAACCUAACAAACCCAGCAUUCCAAAAUUCGAAUUAGCAGAAUGACACUAGAGCCUCUUUGUCUUGGCGCCCUACCACCCGAGUUAUUUGACAAUAUCUUUUUCGCGCUCGACACGAUUCGUGACCUUGCUAAGUUCGUUGUCACCGCGCGCUUCGUGCACAACCGCUUCAAAGCACGGCGGCAAACCAUCCUAUUUCACGUCCUGCAAAAAGAACUAGGUUAUACACUGCCCGAUGCCAGGUUCCUCUUUGUCUUCCCCUACUCGGACCCCGGGGACGCCGCAAGAUACCAUAACUGGAUUCAUGUCAUGACCGGCGCAUACCUGGACAUGUUGGGACGUAGUGGGGAUCAGGCCUUUCGAGGUGAUCCUGGCCCCCCUACGCCUAAGGAGCUGACGGCGCUCUGCCGGACACUUCACCUGAUCAACUCCAUUACGGACAUAUAUGCCACGGUACAGUUAACGUCGUUCGACAAGGCCGGUGGAGGAGAGACCCCAGCGACAACACCCCCCUCGCGCCUAGAGCGGCGCAGGAUCAUGCGGGCCUUCUACCGCCGCCAAAUCGUAAGCAAUGCCUGGGCCUCGACAAGGCGUCCCGCGCACUGGGACGACGACGACUCGCAUGCCUUCAGCAACACGAGCACGGAAAAUGGCCAGGACCUGGGCUUAUUCGCCGCUUUCGAUCCGUGGGACAUGCAGCAGAUUGACCAUGUCAACUGCUUCAUCCUGCGCCUGUGUCGCGCGCUCGUGCUCCGUGCUGCAGAGAUGGAAGCAGAGAUAUCACCCAGCCAGUUCGGCAAUCUCCACGCGCACUUGGAUCACCUCGUGCGGUAUUUGCGAGCACACCGCGCCGUCGCCGAGGCGGCCGUCGCGGACCUGCAGUCGGGGAAUCCGCUCCCGCAUGACGAGCGCUUGGAGAGAGAGUACGUGAAUCGAUACGAGCUGCUGCCUCUACUGUCGUGCUGGCAGACACACCGGUCGCAAGAGUUCCCAGACCCUGUCCGUGAUAGGCAGGAGCAGGAUGGUUUGCCGAUGGACCCAGAAAAUGUUGGGGACGGUCCCGGCCAGGUACCUUAUGGCUGGUCGGAUGCGUUGCGAGGGCGCCAUAUCCACUGGUAUGGCGAAGGCCUUCGCGGAAUUCCCUGGCUUCCGCCCUGCCCGACCACCGAAAAGAGCUGGGCCCAUACCAGUGUGAUUGAAUGCUGGAGGCGAUACGGCUUCGCCCUGUGGGACCGGAAACGGGUCGAGGCGUUGAAGAGGUUGAGCUGGUUCCAGGCUCUACAGACUGGAUUUGUUCUGGAUUUCUGCUCAUAGGGUACACGCAGCCGAACUUGAUCCCAAGCGAUCAAAAGAGGCAUCAUGGACUUCUUGCACUAGUAGACCAAAUUGGUCGACGAAUCAACAGAUUGUCAGUUCGUCAGUUUCUCGCUUCUUCAGUUUUUGAACCAUGGCAUCGACGGCCAUGGCGGACGACAACUCUAGACGUCCAGCCAGAGCGCUGGAGCGAAGCCUGGCUGACGCCCCAGCUAUCCCCGGCGACUAUCUAGAGCUCUGGGAACCAGCAACAGAACAGAUUUGUUGUUGCCGAUGUUGAGAAACAGCCUUGAAAACAUAAGCC